ACUCGCUCACUCACUCGUCACCUCUUCUACUUGUUCAAGUUACUCUCUGCCACCUCUCCUCAUUAAUCUUUCUCUCUCUCUCUAAUCCCCCCUCUUCAUCAUCACCAUGCAACUCCCACCACCACCGUUUUCCGAUAGUAAUAUUGGUCCACAGUCACUUCUAACUCCUCCUGACUCAUUAGUCUCAUCAACCAUGAUCGUAAUCUUAAUUCCUACUCUGUUUUUGCUCCUCCUCUGCCUCAGCAUCAAAUGGCAGCAACCCAAAAUCAACAAACGAUUGCCUCCCGGUUCCAUGGGUUGGCCUUACAUAGGAGAAACUUUCAAGCUCUACACCGAAAACCCAAACUCCUUCUUUUCCCACCGCCAAAAACGAUAUGGAGAUAUAUUUAAGACACACAUAUUGGGAUGCCCAUGUGUGAUGAUAUCUAGGCCCGAAGCAGCGAGAACUAUUCUGGUGAGCCGUGCACAUCUGUUUAGGCCAACUUAUCCGACUAGUAAAAUGAAAAUUAUAGGGCCAGCGGCCGUGUUUUUCCACACAGGGGCCUACCAUUCCAGGGUAAAGAAACUGGUUCAAGCUUCCCUUUUGCCCUCUGCCAUAAAACGGUCAGUCUCAGAAAUUGAAAAUAUUGCUCUGAAACUUCUUGCCACAUGGAAGGAUACCUCUCUCAACACCUUGCAAGAAAUGAAGAAGUACGCUUUUGAUGUGGCACUCAUUUCUGUGUUUGGCGACAAUAGUAAAGAGGACCUAGAAUUGGAAUUGGAAGGUAUUAAACAUCUUUAUCAUUGCCUUGAGAAGGGUUAUAAUUCCAUGCCUCUAGAUCUACCCGGAACUCUCUUCCACAAAGCCAUCAAGGCAAGGAAGAUACUAAACGAGACACUUAUGAAAUUGAUAGAGAAGAGAAGAGAAAGUGGAGAACAAAGUGGUGGGUUGUUGGGAGUUUUGUUAGGUGCAAAUGAGAAUAAUAUUAAGCUUAAGCAAGAGGUUAUAAUUAGUGAUAAACAAAUUGUGGAUAAUAUAAUUGGAGUUAUCUUUGCGGCUCAUGAUACCACAGCUAGUGUCCUCACUUGGAUCCUCAAGUACUUGCACGAUAAUGCAGAACUCUUAGAAGCUGUCACGAGGGAACAAGAAGAGAUUCGAGGCAUGUUGCUGGAGGGCAAUCGAGGGCUUACGUGGGAGGAUACUAGGCGCAUGUCGUUGACUAGUCGGGUGAUUCAAGAGACUCUAAGAAGAGCAAGUAUUCUAUCUUUUACAUUCAGAGAAGCAGUGGAGGACGUGGAAUUUGAGGGCUACUUAAUCCCUAAAGGCUGGAAAGUUCUUCCACUCUUUAGAACCAUUCAUCACUCUUCUGAUAUCUUCCCUCAACCUGACAAGUUCGACCCUUCAAGAUUUGAGGUUCCACCAAAGCCAAACACGUACAUGCCGUUUGGUAACGGCGUGCAUUCUUGUCCAGGCAGUGAGUUGGCGAAGCUUGAGAUUCUCAUCCUCCUCCAUCAUAUCACAACCACUUACAGGUGGCAAGUGUUAGGAGAUGAUGAUGGGAUACAAUAUGGCCCUUUCCCUGUACCCAAACAAGGCUUGCCUAUGAAAGUAACUCCAAAGAUGAUCAAUAAGAAGAAGAAUGUGACCUGAACCAAAACAAGCCACCAAGGGUCCUCAACGUACGAAUUUUUUUUAAUAUAUUUUUUUUUUCUUUUUUGUUUUUCCAAUGGGGCCAAACGCAAAAACACAACCUCCAUUGAGUCACUCAUUCUCUCAAUCUUUUUUCUGUUUAAUUUUCCUUUUUUAGUUUGUCGUAGGGAAUCCUAUGUAUUAAGUUUUACUCUCUCUCUCUCUCUCUCUCUCUCUCUCUCUCUCUCUCUCUCUCUCUCUCUCUCUCUCUCUCUCAAGUGAAUUUUGUCUUAAGAGACUGAUGUUAUAAGCGUAAGGUGGCAAGUCAUCAGUACUGACAAUGCAUUGCAUUAAAUGUGUGCAACAACAACUGUAUGAAGCAGAAAAAUAAAUAUAGGAGAGACAAAAAAAAUAUGAAAAAGUAAUUUGAUAUUA